UCUUUUAUACUCCUCAAAACCCUAGAGCUUUUUUUUCUUACUUCCGCAAACAAAGCUUUUGGCUUCCACACAAACAUCAGCUCUGUAGUUGCCUCUCACUAGCAGUGAACAGAUCUGUGAAGAUGUACACGUCGAAGCAAAAGAUUCACAAAGAUAAAGAUGCUGAACCUUCUGAGUUUGAGGUGUCUGUUGCACAGGCUUUCUUUGAUUUGGAAAACACCAACCAAGAGCUGAAAAGUGAAUUGAAGGACCUAUACAUCAAUUCAGCAACUCAAAUUGAUGUGUCAGGGAACAGGAAAGCUGUUGUUAUCCAUGUGCCAUACAGACUGAGGAAGGCUUUCCGCAAGGCUCAUGUUCGCCUUGUUAGGGAGUUGGAGAAGAAAUUCAGUGGCAAGGAUGUGAUCUUUAUUGCCACCAGGAGGAUAGUGAGACCUCCCAAGAGAGGUUCAGCUGCUCAACGACCCCGCAGCAGAACUCUUACAUCUGUUCAUGAUGCCAUAUUGGAGGACUUGGUUGUUCCGGCAGAAAUUGUUGGGAAGCGUACUAGGUAUCGCGUUGAUGGCUCCAAGAUAAUGAAGGUGUACUUGGACCCCAAGGAACGAAACAACACUGAGUAUAAGUUGGAGACCUUUUCAGCAGUUUACAGAAAGCUCUCAGGCAAAGAUGUUGUGUUUGAGUACCCCAACACUGAAGCUUAAGGAGAUGUAAUGCAUGUUCUUAUCUGUUUGAUGUGAAACUACACCUUAGCAGUUCCUCCUUUGAAAUUUUGGCAGUUCCAUUUGUUUUAGAAUGCAGAGAACUAUGUGAAAUUCCUAUCAAUUUUUAGUUAAAACCGUGUUGCUAUGUCAUAGAUUUCGGGUUUGUUUAUUGAAACAUGGUUUCAUUUUC